UUGAUGGUGAACCAGAAAUUGAUUCAACCCUCUGUCAAGAAUAUUUUAACAUGUCAUCACCGUUAUUUGAUGAAGCGAUGGCUGAUAAUGGUUCAAAUCGACCCGUUCGUCAAAUGACAAAUUCAGGAAAGCAUUCUCUUAAAGAACGCUUGAAACAAAUCUUAGAAUCUCGUCGCUUCCAUUUUCUGAUCCUCUUCCUCCUCUUUGUCGACUUCGCCUGCAUUCUCGCAAUACUCUUAUUAACCUUUUUCGAUCCCAUCAGCUAUGAACAUGAAGAACAUUAUGUUGUGGUCAUCCUCUCUGAAAUUGCAUUUAUCAUCAACACCUUGUUCCUUAUCGAGGUCCUACUGAAUCUAAUCUGCUUUGGCAUACGGUAUUUUCUCACUGGUCCAAGAUGGGGACUUCAUUUAUUUGAUGCAACGGUGGUACUGACAUCAGUGGCGGUUGGUGUGGAAAAGUACGAUCAUCAAAAGUUGGAGGAUUCGGAGAAGAAGGUGAAAAAGUUAGAAGCGGAAUUUAAACAAUUUGUGGUAGUCGUCGAGGAAGUUGCGAAAGAGGAGCAUUGGAAUGAGGAAAAGAAACAAAGAGUAUUUAAGGGAAGAGAAGUUGAGAAGAUUUUGAAUGGGUCGACAGUUGAAUGA